GUUGGCUUAGUUCUCAUUCAAAUCGCUCACCGUGCGGAACAUACGCAGGCAGCCAUCGCGCGCGGAUGCCUGUGGUUUCGUCCUGUCCUGCACACCCUGCCGGUCACCCCUUGAGUAAAACAAUUUAAAUACACCACCCACAAGUCGGAGGUUCUGAAACGGCACAUCUUAAACGUACGAUUCGAUGCUUGGGGACAUCCUUGUUGUCGUCGGGUUUGAGUGCAGAUAGUUUGCAUAACUGACGGGGGAAAAAUCUAUGCUGUGGCUGAUAGUCGAGUGGGUUGCUAUGUUGAGUCGCCAUCUUGACUCCCAUACCUAUAUCCGAAAAACAAGAGUAGAUGUUGCGUUACCGAUGUGAAACGAUAGUGCGCGGUUUGGCGGUGAAGGAAAAAUCUGAAACUUUACCAUUUCACAAAAGCCGAAGGUUACUUACUACCUACUAAUGUAUGCGAAAAUGUUGUAUUCCUAGCUAAGCACUUCAAUUUGUUUGUGGUUUUGUAAGCCGAAUAUGUACAACACAUGUGUAAAAAAGUGCAAGUCCAUUGGAAGUGAAGUUAUCGAUUUUUUUGCUACUUUUCGCGAAUAGCAUAGGAAAGUGGCUACACGAAAGACACCUUGGCGUUGUAGGAAGGGUGGCUGUUCGGUAAAUUUAGUUUUGCUCUAACCGAAUGUAGAAACAACAAAAAAUACAGUAAGCAGUGGAGUAUCGAUUUAUACACGCCAGAAAUAUGCGAAUAGGGGAGUAACAUGUUUGUGUUGUUGAGCAUUACAUAAAUGGAAUGAAGUGAGCAAAAUAAAAGUCAUUCAGUUUUGUCCCCUUUUGAGGGCAAUGGAUUAGGAAAACAAUAAAACCAAUUGGACGCACUAUGCAGAUCAUGCGGAAAAAAUAACAAAGGGAAAACCCUGAAGCAAGCAAAUACUUGGAGAACUGAACGUGUCCGUCUCGAGCCAAACAUGUAUGGCCAUUUGUGGAUCGGAUAUUAGAAUUUUCCAUCGUUAGUGACGAAAAUUGGAUGCAAUGCGAGUGAGAAUCAGCUAUCGAAACGGAGAAACCAUUUCUCAGUGGAUAAAAAUCUGCGCUUUUGCGUGCUCGUUGAAAUUAUAGUGCAUUAUUCGUAAAAAAAAAUUGUGUGGCGUGAGCACGCAUUCCGACUCGCCUUGUGUAUUGGCUAUACAUUGAUAAAUUGCUACAGAAGGAGUUUCCAUACUCAUCAUCGAGCAAAAGGGUGUAAUUUGCCGAAACAGAAGAAUCUGAUUGUGUAAGCCAAACCAGUGAUCGAAGAUUUUUGCUCGUUGUUAUGGCGGCACGUUUAAAGUUUUGAAAUCAUUGUCCACUGUUACGAGUUAGGAGCGUUUAAUGUGUAGAGUGUGACGGAAUACGAAUGUUUUAGUUCGAUAAAUCGGUUGAUUGAAAGUGAAAAUGGUUUCAACCGACCGAUUCUGUUGUGGUAAAAGGAGCAAUAAUAACCUAGUUCAGCGACGGCGUUUUACAAGAAGUACACUUAUUUGGGUGUCCUAGGAGUCUUAGAGAUUAGAACCGUUCAAAAAAAAAAAUAACACGAUAAUCAACGAGAAAAAAUAUAUUCAAAGUUAAAGUACGGUAUCCAGAAAAAAGUAAAUACCAGGGGUCUACUAAAAGAAUGCGUCCAUUUGCUGUGCCAACUAAUUCGAGAAUGACUUCGACAACGGGAAUGGAUUACGGAGGUGACACAAGGGCAACGACUAGCCAGCAGAUGGCACGGAUAGAUGAUUAUGGUCACGUGAGCACAUCGAUGCAGGAUCUCGCCCAGGAUGAACCAGACAAUCUCAGGAAAAGCAUGAUGUCGAUCCAGGAGGAGCUUGACCAGAUGGGCAUCAAAAACGACCAACCGCCGGCGUACUCGCAAGCAAUCGCCCACGACGACAUCAACAACACCGACAGCAGCGUCGACAACAGCAAUGUGUGUCAGAACGGAUGGCCGAACAUGCCGGGAGGGAUACCCGGCAUGGCAAAUAAACCGGCCGGUUGGAUGGAUGGUUUGUUCGGUUGCAUGCGACCGGUGCUGUCGCUGAUCGGCAAGACCCACAUCAUGGAGAUGAAGAGUAAACAGACUGAGGACUGGGAAAUCCCCUUCGACUCCAUUACCGAUUUGGCGUGGAUCGGCAGUGGUGCGCAGGGUGCCGUUUUCCGAGGCCAACUGCGAAAUGAACUGGUCGCGGUCAAAAAAGUCCGAGACGUCAAGGAAACAGACAUAAAACACCUGCGAAAGUUGGACCAUGAGAACAUAGUUAAAUUCAAAGGCGUCUGCACCCAGGCGCCAGUUUUUUGUAUGAUCAUGGAAUAUUGUCCGUUCGGUCCGCUGCACCAAAUCCUAGCGGACGGUAGAGACAUCAUUUAUCCGAACCGACUGGUAUCCUGGUCACAGCAGAUCGCCCACGGCAUGCAGUACCUCCACUCACACAAGAUCAUUCACCGUGAUCUUAAAAGUCCCAAUAUUCUGAUAGGUGUGGGCGAGGUGAUCAAAAUCAGUGACUUCGGUACCUCGCGUGAGUGGAAUGAAAUCAGUACAAAGAUGAGUUUUGCCGGUACGGUGGCAUGGAUGGCGCCGGAGGUGAUCCGAAACGAGCCUUGCAAUGAGAAAGUCGACAUUUGGUCCUACGGCGUCGUGCUGUGGGAACUGUUGACCGGUGAAGUGCCAUACAAAAAUGUGGACUCGUCGCAGAUCAUCUUCGGCGUUGGCAACAAUUCACUCUACCUGCCGAUCCCGGCCAGCUGUCCCGAGGGCUUCAAACUCCUACUUAAACAGUGCUGGAGCCCGAAGCCUCGAAACAGGCCAUCGUUUAAGAUUAUACUCACCCAUCUGGAAAUUGCCGGUCAUGAACUGAUGCGACAGUGUACCGAAGAUCAGGGCUACUAUGAAACUCAGAAAUCCUGGCGGGAGGAGAUCCGAAGCCACAUGCAGAAACUCACCAGCAACGGCAUGAACAUUCAGAAGUACGAACAAGAAUUGAUUAAGAAACGGAAGGACGAAUGGAAACACGCUCAAGAUAUUCGCAUGGUCUACGAACGGAAACUGGAGCGAGCGAACACGAUGUACAUGCAACUCAGCGCAAUAUUCGUUCAACUCGAACAGAAAGAAAGGGAGAUAGCGGAGCGCGAAAAACAACUCCCCGGCUACAAACUUCGCAAGUGUGGCAACCUUUUGAAGCGUAACGGGGAUAAGACAAGCCGGAAGCGAGCUCCCUUCAGCUUUCCAGCAGCGAUGCUAGCAGCCAGCUAUCAGCAACAAACACCGAUCUCGAUAGCAGCAACACAGAUCGUUCCCGAUGAAUCGACUACACCCAGUCCAACGUCCGUUCCAAACAGCCCCAUGAAGGCAACUCUAUAUGCUCAAUUAGAUGGUACUACUCACAGUCCAAAAUCGGUGGUCAUUAUCCCCCCGGGAGUGACGGCUUCUGGUUCGAACUCUGCUGGUAGGGCGAAGAAAUUCCGCCAUAGGCGCGUUGGUUCAGGUACUUUCAACUCACCCAAGUCAAGUCCUUGCCGGGAUAGGCGGGUACAAAGCGAACCAGAAACGAGAAACGUACGUCUAGUGGAUAUGGAGACUCAAACCGACGCGAUGGAUAUCAGCGAAACUGACGCGAGUCCUAGUCCUAAUGCGGCUUCGAAACGAAUGUCCACCAGUUUACGAGAGGACGCGGAUGUCGUGAGCGAGCAACGAGAUACAAUGCCGGAAUUGGUCACUGCCGCCUCACAGAUAUACAGAUGCGGAAAACCUCAGUCGGAAGACGAUGGUGAAGUGCCUGAAGAUGAAGAGAACGGAAACUCAAUCUCCAUUAUGACGAAUAGCCGAAGCAGUGAUAUGCUGACGAAUAGUAACCAUCAGCAGCAGCUUCGUAGCCCAGACGAAGAUGAAGAAGAUGACGAUGAUGACGAGGAUCAACCGGUCUGCUCAAGUCCUGAUCCAAUCAUGGACGCCAUGAAUAGUAAUGAAAGGUUAGAUCGAGACUGCAGUGACGAUGACAAGAUAGAUACCUUAGAUCGAAAGGUGAGUUUCAUCUCGGAAAAAUUACAACAGCAGAGUGUCGGCAGUGGUAACGGGCAUGUGCAACAACUCACGGAUUACAGCAACAUUCUGAACGAUAACAAUGUGAUUGUGUAUCGGUGCAAUAAAAUGUUGAACGGAAGUAUAGGUAAGGGAACUAAGCGAUUGGACAGUGCGAUAUUGAUGAAACAUCCGACGGCGGGAAAUAAUUUAAAUGCUGGAGGCAGCGCGGUUGGUGCAUACUUGUACAGCGGGAACGGCACACCUGAUGAAUCUCCACAUCACCUAGCGAGACAAGCGAUCCAGGCUGAAGAACUGUGUAACGAUAGCUGGACCGACGAGGAAGGCGAGGAUCCGAUUGAACUAUACAACUAUGCUCUUCGACGAAGGAGCAUUGGCCGCCUACCAAUUAAACGAGGUCGCCGCUGCAAAGUUCCUUCCGGAUCAGGAUCGGUUCCUGGCACAGUGGGGGCCACCCAGUGCUAUCAUCCCACGUCUCCUGUUGGUACAGCUGCCAACAAUGUCGAUACGUUGCCGGGUGAGUCAGGGUACCCAUCGGUAGCCAUCAAUCAUAUGAAACACGCCUCAAACCUGACUGUGUCCGACGAGGAGAAUACCUCCGAGUACAGCCACGCACCAUCAAGUCAACGAUCAACGCUUGAAAGCAACCCGGAACUGACGACGGUUAUUAAACGGCACAAUCGAGGUUGUGUUGGUAAGCAACAGCCAGUCAUGCAGAAGAGCACCACUUCAGCCAAGGAUACCGACGAUGAUGAUGAUGAUGAUGGUGAUGAUGAUUGCGAUAUUGAAAUCGAUUCCAACAAUGAUUCCAGUGACUCUAGCUCGGACGAAGAUAACAAUGCUUUUGGGUUGGCCAAUCCGACACGAACCGUCGAGAAUAAAGAUAAGGAAAAUGGCAAUAGUUAUUAAGGAUGGACAGUGAAUGAGUGAUUGCGGUUCAUUUAAGAGAUCUUUUCUGAAAACUCUGUUGAGAUUAAUUUCAUAACCCUUCUGUACUCGUGGAGCAAUAUUACGUUUAGAAAGCGUAGCAAGAUUAUGUGUUUUUGUUUCGUUUUUUCGUUAGUCUUAGGUUAUAAAUUCCGGUUCCGUUCCCAAGGAACGAACUAUUCUCGGUCCAUUCCAUUUCAGCAUUGUGAGAAAAGACUUCAAUAUAUAAUAGGCGAUAUUACUACAUAAUAUAAACUAUAUUGUAUAUUGAUAUGAAAGAAUGUGAGUAGGUUACAAUAGGAAUCAAGAUGAGCAGGAAUUAUCUUUAACGUAAAAUUCUUUGAAAUUAUGCUAUGGCGAAAUUGCGUACAUAGGCAGUAAAAUGUAUAAGAUACCUCUAUGGAGCAGGAAUAUUUCUCUCCCCCAAUGUGUAAAUUAUUGUGUUUUACAACCUUGAGUUUACGAAAGUGAUAAUCGGGAAAUUCGUAAGUAUGUGUACGAAUAUAUUCGCAGUCCGAUGUCAGAUGUAGAAAUAAAUAAUUACAAAUAGAUGAAACUUGAGUUAGUAUAAUCAACUACGUCCAAAACCGUGAUCAAAUAAACAAUAUGUUGUUUUAUGUUGCCCACUUUGCCCCCGUUUACCUGUUGAAUGAGUUUAUUUAUUCUUCCGCCAGACAUUUUUAUUUGCAAUACGACAAUGAAGACAUCGCAACUAUAAGGUUCGAUCAUUAGAAUUGCCUUACUAAAUUACCGUGAUGGAUAAAAAAUAUAAAUGUAAUCGCUAAAAUCGUUCAAAUUUUGGAACUGUACCUGCUGCUUAUAUGUCGAAGCAGAAACCAAUCACAUUUGUUGGUCCUUUUGUAGUCAAUAUAUCGAAUACAACUUGCGCUUUUACUUUCCACUUCUGCCCAUUCCAACGAAAUCACCCACGAAAAUAAGAGACAUAAGAAUAGGCAUCUAGCUUUUAUACUUUGAAUGAGCAAAAGACUAUUUUUGGAACAGUAUUUCUUACGUUGCAAUUUUUGACUGCGAUUAUAGAAACUGCUUCGAGCAACAACGCAACUUAGAACACUAGGAAAUAACACCAAGUCAGUACUUAUUUAAUAUAUAAUCAAAUUUUUGCAAUUUAAACCCUGUAACCAGCGUUUCGAUGUUAUUAAAAAAUAUCUGGCAAUUAAACCCUGUUGAGAACGACAAAAUUGAACCCCACAGAAAGUGAAGUCGAUUCAAAAUUGAUAUUACCUGCGUUAUAGUUUAUAGAGCCAUAAAUGAAGUUAAAAAAAAGUUCGCAAGGCUACUCCCAUAUAUAUUCCAAAUUAUAUCUUACAACAUAAAAUACUGGUUGGAUAUGUAACAAUUGAACGCAAUUUGAAAUGAGGUAAAGUGUUGAGUUAUACACAUAUACAUACAGAAGGAACAAAAUGCGUGUAUACUUGCAUGUACUGUACUAUGCUAACAUCUACUUCAAAAUGGGAUGAUGCAAAAGCGGUGACGUAAAAUAAAUAAUCAGAACGAUAAAAAA